AUGGCUACUAGAGCAUACACGACCCAAGGCGGACGCAGCGAUCCAGCGAUUGAAACCAAGUACAAGGACCUUGAUGCAAAAUACAAGCUUUUGGUCAAUGAUCGGAAGGCCAUUCACGAGACUGCUGAAAAUAAAAUCGCCCAAAAUAAUGCCAUCAUAGACGCUCUCACCCAAGAAAACAAGACCUUAAAGAAGACUCUGAUUUCUAUUAGCAAGGCGCCACCCCCACGCCCAAAUACAACUCCUGCUGGGGCUAGAUUACAAAAGCAGACCCAAAAGAAGGUAGAUGAGCGUGACCAGCUGAGCGCAGCAUGCACAGACACAGGUAUUCAAGUUCUUCGCGUGGAAGUCAACAAGCUCAAGUUGCGCCUCGAUGAGGCUAGGCAUCAAUAUAACACCAAGAGCAACCUUUUAGAACAGCGAGAAGACGCACUAGCACUCAUACAAAAGGAAAUAGACAGACCAGAGCCUGUCGUGGAGGCUGGAAUGGAACGAAUUCGGGACUUGGAAAAUAGAUAUGAUGAUGCCUGUAUCAAAGAGCGAGAAGCUACGUCUGUCCGCAACACCUACAACGCAAUUCUCGCGAGAUUGAAAGAAGAAAAGAUAUAUUUCAACACCCAGAUAUCAAACAUCACUGCUAUGAACAGGAAUAGAGACGCGGACAUCAAGCAGCUUGAUACUUAUCUGCAGGAGGCCAUAGCAGCGUCCUCCCUCGUAUACAACGAGUACGAAGAGUACAAAGAGUACUGCGAGGUCGACAAGCAAUCCCGCAGAGCUGCUUUGAUGCGAAGGAGACAGGAGGUAGAAGCUGCUGUAGAGGAUGAGCGACGCCUUGAGAAGCAACGCCUUGAAUCCCGCCUCUCAGAGGAGGCAGAACUUAAAGCAGCUGCGGAAGCGGCUGGAAACAUCAAACUUGACGAGGCGUCUAGUGACUACGACGACGAUGAUCUCGGAACAGUGGGGACAAUCCACUGCAAGCGCCGUGCAAAACUAGAAUACUUUAAGACAGUACUUUCUAAACUCAAGGAAAACACUGGAAUAUCAGAUAUCAAAGAGUUUGUUGACAAGUGCAUCAACCAGCCUAUUAAUAGAAGUUCUCUGCAGAACCUAACCAUUGAGUUCAAUCAGAAGCUAACAGGGGUUGCUCAGGAUAUCGCAUACCACAGAACCCUGAACUCGGACGCUCAGUUCACUGCGGACACAUCCGGAUCUCGUCGUGUCGUGGAUCGUUUAGAGUUCAAUAUUAGUGAGGAAAAGUUCCGCAAUUCUAGUCUUCAGCAGCGCUACAAAUUUACUCUCGAUAUACUAGGACAGCUGGCCAGGGGAGCACAGCACAUCUGUGAGCUUCUGCUCCUAGUGAAGGAUGACUCUACUAUCGAAGCCAACCUCCUCCCCAUGCCAAUGGCGAUAGACGGCGAUUUACAGACUCAGGAAAAAGCUGUGGACGCUGUCAUUACAAAGCUCGAGACCAUACGCAACAAAAUCCGCGUUUUGGCGACUGCUGUGAAGAUUACAGAUAUACCGAGCUCCACUAUGCGUAUUACUCAGCGAGAACAGUGCGCUAUAGUGAAGGGAGAUGAGGAGCCCUUCAACCUUGUCGACGGGAGCUUAGUAAAGGCUCCAGAUGAGGAGGGUGACACACAGGUCAACACAGAAAUAAUGAUUGACUUACCGGGUGUUGGUCAGAGAAGAGACGAGUUUGACUUUACAACAUCCAACCAACCAGAGGUAGACACGAUCACCACCACCGAACGGUCUGCCAUCAAGCGACGCUCGGAACUCUUUGCCUAUCGUGCACGUCAAAAAGCACAGGAAAAUUCAUAUUAA